AAUAUAUUUUUAAAAUAAAUUUCACCUGUUUUUUUUUGCUCUUCUGAUGUGGCUACUAGAAAAAUCUAAAUUACAUAUGCAGCCCUGGUCUAGAUGAUGUCUAAUAUCCCUUUCGGCUUUAAGACUGCCGGGAACACUGCGGACACGUAAUUCUUACGGUUUGAUUUCCUCGCAUUGAGACACGGAAGGAUUGGCCGGGAGUGAGCCGGUUAGGGCGGGGCCCCGCAGGAAAACACAGGCCCCUCCAGCUUUCGCUGUCGCACCGCAGCGGAAGGACCCCAACCCCCGCGCGGCGUCUGGGGGCUCGCGCGCCGGGUCGAGUCUCCAGGCUGGAGGUGCAAGGGGGCCGAGCGCGGGCGCGGCGGGCCAGGCGGGGCCGAGCCGGGAAGCGGGUUCGUGCGUCAGCCUCACGCGCCGAGGAGGAAGCCGGCCUGAGGCCGCAAGCUGCCGGCGCGGGCGCUGUGGCACGUCCGCAGGCUCCACCGGGAGGUGGCGACCGCUGAGAGGCAGAGGAGCCGAGGGCGGGCCAGGGAGGCGGCCCGGGGGUGGGGCGCCGCUGGGGAGCGGCCAGCGCGGGCUUCAUCCGAGGGCGCACGGCAGCGCCCGAGUGCUGGGGAACUCCAAGGCGCCGGGCGACGAGCGGCUAUGGGCCGCGGCUGGGGCUUCCUGAUCGGCCUCCUGGGCGCCGUGUGGCUGCUCAGUUCGGGACGCGGCGGACAACAGUCCUCAGAGACUGCGGCGCAGAGGUGCUUCUGCCAGGUUAGCGGUUACUUGGAUGAUUGUACCUGUGAUGUUGAAACCAUUGAUAGAUUUAAUAACUACAGGCUUUUCCCAAGACUACAAAAACUUCUUGAAAGUGACUACUUUAGAUAUUAUAAGGUAAACCUGAAGAGGCCAUGUCCUUUCUGGAAUGAUAUCAGCCAGUGUGGAAGAAGAGAUUGUGCUGUCAAACCUUGUCAAUCUGAUGAAGUUCCUGAUGGAAUUAAAUCUGCGAGCUACAAGUAUUCUGAAGAAGCCAAUAAUCUCCUUGAAGAAUGUGAACAAGCUGAACGACUUGGAGCAGUGGAUGAAUCUCUGAGUGAGGAGACACAGAAGGCUGUUCUUCAGUGGACCAAGCAUGAUGAUUCUUCAGACAACUUCUGUGAAGCUGAUGACAUUCAGUCGCCUGAUGCUGAAUAUGUAGAUUUGCUCCUUAAUCCUGAGCGCUACACGGGAUACAAGGGACCAGAUGCUUGGAAGAUAUGGAAUGUCAUCUAUGAAGAAAACUGUUUUAAGCCACAGACAAUUAAAAGACCUUUAAAUCCUUUGGCUUCUGGUCAAGGGAAAAGUAAAGAGAACACUUUUUACAGUUGGCUAGAAGGACUCUGUGUAGAAAAAAGAGCAUUCUACAGACUCAUAUCUGGCCUACAUGCAAGCAUUAAUGUGCAUUUGAGUGCAAGAUAUCUUUUACAGGAUACCUGGUUGGAAAAGAAAUGGGGACACAACAUUACAGAAUUUCAACAGCGGUUUGAUGGAAUUUUGACUGAAGGAGAAGGCCCAAGAAGGCUUAAGAACUUGUAUUUUCUUUACUUAAUAGAAUUAAGGGCUUUAUCUAAAGUGUUACCAUUUUUUGAACGCCCAGAUUUUCAACUCUUCACUGGAAAUAAAAUUCAGGAUGCGGAAAACAAAAUGUUACUUCUGGAAAUACUUCAUGAAAUCAAGUCAUUUCCUUUGCAUUUUGAUGAAAAUUCAUUUUUUGCUGGAGAUAAAAAAGAAGCACAUAAACUAAAGGAGGACUUUCGACUGCAUUUUAGAAAUAUUUCAAGGAUCAUGGAUUGUGUUGGUUGUUUUAAAUGUCGACUGUGGGGAAAGCUUCAGACUCAGGGUUUGGGCACUGCUCUGAAGAUCUUGUUUUCUGAGAAACUGAUAGCAAAUAUGCCAGAAAGUGGACCCAGUUAUGAAUUCCAUCUAACCAGACAAGAAAUAGUAUCACUAUUUAAUGCAUUUGGAAGAAUAUCUACAAGCGUGAAAGAAUUAGAAAACUUCAGGAACUUGUUACAAAAUAUUCAUUAAAGAAAACGACUUGAAAUGUGCCUGUUUCUGGACAAUGGAGGCCAAAGAGUGGAAUUUCAUUCAAAGGCAUAAUAGUAAUGACAGUCUUAAGCCAAACAUUUUAUAUAAAGUUGCUUUUGUAAAAGGAGAAUUAUAUUGUUUUAAGUAAACAAAAUUUUUAAAUUGUGCUAAGUCUAUGUAUAAUACUAUUGUGAGUAAAAGUAAUACUUUAAUAAUGUGGUACAAAUUUUAAAGUUUAAUAUUGAUUAAAAGCAGGAUUAUCAAAUUAAUAUAUGAUAAAACUAAGUGAAUUAUGUUUCAAGUCUCUCAAACUAGUUUUGUGUAAGAUGUAAUAUAAAUAAAACUAUGGCAAAUGUGACAUACAUUUAAUAGGAAAAUGCUAAGGAGGCUCAUGAAUGAUCCAUAAUUAACAACCUAGAAUUUUUGAAUACACUUAGGGUUGCUAGAUUUAGCAAAUAAAAAUAAGGAAUGCCCAGAUAUAUUUGAAUUUUAGACAAACAACUAGUUUCUUAAUUUAAGUAUGUUGCAUGCAAUAUUUGGGACAUACUUAUACUGAAAAAUUAUUAUGUUUUUGAAAUUCAAAUUUAACUGGGAGUCUUGUGUUUAUCUGGCAACCUGAAAAUACAUUGGUGUGAGACAAGUCACUUUUAAAAUAAUAUUGCUAUUUUGAUUGGGUUGUUUUGUGUGUAGAAAGGUACAAUUACAACUCAAAGGCAUAUGAGAUUCCUAAACAUUGUGAAAAGUUGAAUAGAUUAUAUAUUUAUUCUCAUAAUACUUUCCCUAAUAUUGAAUAAAAUUUUGGGGAAACUUAUUUUUAUAUAAUUUCAAAUUCAUAGAAAAAUUUCAAAAGUAGUAUAAAGAACUCUUUUACCCAGAUUCACCAAUUGUUCAUAUUUAUCUUUCAUGCUUUCUGUAUAUGUACAAACACACUAUUUUUUUCCUCAGUCAUUUGAAAGUCAGUUACAAGCAUCAUGCUCUUUUGACCCUAAAUACUUUAGUGUGUAAUACUGAAUAAUUUCUAAAAAUUAUUUCUCAGGAAAAAAACUCCCACAAAUCUGGAACUAUGAUACUAUAAGCCUUAGAAUAAAGAAUCAUUUCAAGUUCCAAUCUAAAGUUCUUUUUUCAGUUUUGUUGCUCUUUUUAUGCUUGAUCUGAUAGUCACAGGGCAAUUUAUUUUUUAAUUUUUUAAUUAAAACAAUUUUUUAGAGACAGGGGUCUUGCUAUGUUGCCUAGGCUGGACUCAAACUCCUGGCCUCAAGCAAUCCUCCUGCCUCAGCCUUCUGAGUAGCUGGGACUAUAGGUGCAUGCCACCAUGCCCAGCUUAAAUUUAGUUUUUUAUACCUGAAGUUCAUUUCCUUUGCCUUCCUAAAAUUAAACUAUACUUUUAGGAGGUUUUCAUUAGUGGAAGCUCUUCAAUGAUAAAAAUAUUUGAAGGGGUAGGAAUUUAUGUCACAUGAUAAUUGUAGGGGAAAAGAAAUUUUAUACCUCAAAAUUAUGUGCCCUGUUUAUAUAUGUCUUAGGUAUAACAUGUUGAGAUACCACAUUAUUAGCAAAGCAGGGUUUAUUUAUAUAAUGGUUUAGAAAUGUCACUUUACACUGCUGUAUACUUUUUCUUCUCUUUAUCCCUAAGGCUUGGUACAGUGCCAAGCACAUAGUUAGUAUCCAAUAAAUAUUUGUUGAAUGAAUGUA